CCAAACAACGUCCAUCCAAACCGUCCAUACCAACGCCCUUCCCCCGUCUGUUGCGGGUUUCUUGCAUCGCCGGUGAGAAUAAGCCAUCGUCAUGUCAGCCACCCAGGGCCUGGCGAACAGCCUCCCUGCGCGUCUCCGCAACUUCUUCGCCCGCUAUCCGCCGCAGAUCUACUCGGCGGCCGUGGCCCCCCGUCCUGCUGCUGCCACCUCAGCCAGCACUGAAGCAGAUGGAGCAGUAGACAGCAGCAGUGGUAGCGGCAGCAGCACCCUGCCAUCGCCGUACACGCCCGACCGGGAAGCCAAGGGAUACAAGCGACCGGACUACGCGGCAUUCUCCCACUCCAAAUCGCUGCUCUACUCCGACCCGAAACACCCGAACCCCUUCCUGCCACGCAAGAACUUUCGGACCGGGAAAUGGAGCAGUCCACCGAUCGGCCUGCGUAGACAGGCGGAUCUGGUCAAGCUGGCGAUCAAAUACGACGUGGAGGCCCUGUUGCCGCCCGGGCCCAAGUCGACGGAAUACAAGGUCGCUCGGCGCGAGGAGCGCGGCUUACAAGUCAAGGGCACCGGUAUCGGACAGAAGGUCAAGGGUCACGAGUGGGAGCGUACCAUGGAGUCUCGCCUGGAGGCCAGACGCAAGGCGAUGCUCGAGAUGCCGGAGAUGAUCCGGUCGUGGAAGGAGAGAGGUCAUGGACGCGGAUGGAAGAAGUGGCCCAAAUAGUGCAGUGCGGUGUGAUGGCGUGUUUGUCGAUUUUUUUUCGAUUCCCGGAAGAAAAAAAGAACUUCUUUGCCUUGCUCGACUCGUCUUGGACGCUACAGUUCCAUGUUGUAUAAUUGCAUCGAUUGUCAUGGGUGGCCGGAGUUUUAUGUACAGUACAAUGGAC